AGCAGCGCUUGUCCCAAAAAUAAAACUUAUAUGCGAGCAGACAAAUUCAUCUUAUCUUCGAAAAUCAUCAAGAAGAAGUGUUGAAAAAAGAGGAAAAGAUCAAAGCGAAUACAUUAUCGAAAAUGCCACUGCAGCUGCUUAAAUUGCUGCUACUGUUGUUGCUGUUGAGGCGCCUCAGAGCCGAGUCACCACAAUGUUUUCAUUUCACCUGGAUAGGACCCUACGACAACAAAUCGAACAUAGCCAAGGAGAGCUGCGACGCCCGAGUGGGUGACUUCAAUGAGAUACCCUGCGAAAUGCCCCUCGUAGUCACCCCCAACGACACGGUGCCGGAUGUGAAGGCCCUGUGGAGGAACGAGACAUUGAAUCGCGAGCAUUAUCUGUGCCAGAUGUCGCCCGGCUACUCCUGCGUCAAGUACUCCUAUAUAUUCAAGGGUGGCAUACAGAAUAUAACGUAUAUGUGUGCCAAGGUGAACAACAGCAACGGCUGCUACCGCGAAACCCAGUCGACGGGCAUGCAGGUGGAGGCUUGUGUUUGCACCUCUAAGCUGGGUCUGAUACCCUGCAAUUGCAGCCCAACUGGGCUGUCUCGACCCAUUCUGGGCUUGGCCAUGGCACUGCUCAGCGUUUUUAUUGCUGUUGAAUAAACAAAAAACUGAAAAG